GUAGAAAGUUAGGAUAUAAAUUGGAAGUCUUCGAUUCUCAGAAGUAUCAUUCUAGUUUGAACCUUCCUUUUGGUAGCUGACCCAAUCUUUAAAAAUGAAAUUCCUGAUUGCCCUCGCCGCCCUGCUGGCCCUGGCCGCCGGAUGCAUCCGCGAUGACUCCGACGGACGUCCGGACUGCAACGCCGCCGAGAUGACCGCCCGGCUCUGGCGCAACAACUGGGACCCCACCGCGUUCUGGGAGUGCACCACGGCAAACAGCCCGGCCGAGCCACGGCGCUGCCCGACGGAGGGCAUGUUCAGCGAAGCCACGCGCACCUGCAUCAACUGGGCCGACUGGGCCUGGACGCCAACGUGCCGGCCACCGAGCAAGGAGUAGGAAUUUACUGAGGGUUUAAAAUGUUGAAAGAAUAAAAAAUCGUGUAUUAAAUUUGAUUA